CUGGAAAACAACUUCAAUUGUCUAGCCUCAGAACUGGACUGGUGUAUCAUUUCUCAGUGAGGGCUAAAACUGCAGCAGGGUAUGGUCCCAAUGCUACCACUGUAAUAGUACUGAAAGAUAUUUCUAGUACUAUCAGUACUGUAGCUGGAAGUGAACAGGAGGAGGGAACAAUAGCUGCAUCUGUUCUAGCAGGAUUAUUUGGUUUGAUCUUGUGCCUGAUUUUGUGUCUUUUGUUGCUCUGCUGUUUAUGUAUGAGUAGGAGGAGAAGAAAGAGAGAGAAUGACUCAAAUGAAUAUGAAAGUACCAACAACAAGAUGUACAUUAAUGAAUAUGAUCCAGAUAAUGAGAUGAAAGAACUCUCGCCUCAAAAUCAAAAUAAAAAGAAAGCAAGUAAAAAAGCAACAACAUUGUCUGUGAACACAUCUCGACCUGCUGACUACGAAUAUGAUACUGUAACUAGCCCUAAAGAGGCAUUAAUAAACUUUGAAGGGAAUGAGGGCUCAUCAAUGAUGGAAGUGAACUUGUACUUUACUGAUGAGUCCAGUGAUGAGGAAGAGAUUAAGAAGAAAUGAAAACAAUAACAAUACCUUUAAUUUUUGUUGUGUAUUUUUACUUGCAUACAUAUAUACCUUCUAAAGUGGACUCAUUAUAAAGAAUGGUUGUUUAUGCUAUAAAAAAUAGUUCAUGUAGAGAUUUAUUAGAAAUA